AUGAGCCAAUCGAUCGGUCCAGAAGAUUUUCCGAUCCCCAUAAUCGAAAUCAAUUCCAUAAAUGAAUUCUCCACUCGCCAACUUCUUCACUUCCUCCUCCGGAUUCUUCGGAUUCAGACGGUACAGUCCUUCACGUCGUGCGAUGAACAGUCUCAUCUUAUCCGCAUUAUUCGAUACACAAUAUCCCCGCAUCGUCAGAUUAUCCUUCCCUGGUCCGUGUUCCAUUUGAAGAGUGAAACAGUCGCCGAGACAGGAGCACGUGAAACCGGGACGGUGGUUGGCACACAGUUGGUCACAGUAACCAAACUCGGCGCAUUCGUUAAUGUCGGAACAUGUCCGGUGAAAACGGUCGUCGAGUUUGUAUCCACUUGGACACGUACAUUCACCUCCGUGAGGGGAUGGGUGACAUCCGGCUUGGCAUCCGAGGGAUGGACACAGGUUUUGCGCUGGAAUUUGUAA